AUGGACCGGAAUUUGGCGCGAGCGGUGACGGACAAGAGACCGGUCCCCGAGAUCGAUUUCACGCUACAUACUAUGGAAGAUGGCAGCCAGGUGUCCACCCAGGAAAGAGUAGUUAAAGAGGUGCAAGCACCCGCCUCAAACACCCCCUCGGACGAGUCCUUCUGGUCUCCUGAAGACCCCUCAAAGCCGAACCUGCAGUUCCUUAGACAGCACUUUUAUCGGGAAGGUCGUCUUUCGGCAGAACAGGCACUAUGGAUUAUAAAGAAGGGUACAGAGGUACUGAGGUCGGAGCCCAACCUGCUAGAAAUGGACGCACCCAUUACGGUGUGCGGUGACGUUCAUGGUCAAUACUACGAUUUGAUGAAAUUGUUUGAAGUCGGUGGCGAUCCAUCCGAGACGCGAUACUUGUUCCUGGGUGAUUAUGUUGACAGAGGUUAUUUCAGCAUUGAGUGCGUUCUGUACCUCUGGGCUCUGAAGAUCUGGUACCCCAACACACUCUGGCUUCUGCGAGGCAACCACGAAUGCAGACAUCUUACGGAUUAUUUCACAUUCAAACUCGAAUGUAAACACAAGUACAGCGAGGAAAUCUAUGAGGCUUGCAUCGAAUCCUUCUGCUCGUUGCCGCUAGCGGCGGUCAUGAACAAGCAAUUCUUGUGUAUUCAUGGAGGCCUUAGUCCCGAAUUGCAUACACUGGAAGAUAUCAAGGCGAUUGAUCGCUUUAGGGAACCUCCAACCCACGGCCUGAUGUGUGAUAUCCUAUGGGCCGACCCUCUGGAAGAAUUCGGACAAGAAAAGACUGGCGAAUACUUUGUCCACAACAGCGUUCGAGGCUGUUCGUACUUCUUCUCCUACCCUGCUGCAUGCGCUUUCCUCGAGAAGAAUAACCUACUGUCGAUCAUCCGGGCACAUGAGGCACAAGAUGCCGGGUACCGCAUGUACCGCAAGACGCGCACGACCGGAUUCCCAAGUGUGAUGACCAUCUUCAGCGCACCGAACUACUUGGACGUAUACAACAACAAGGCUGCCGUGUUGAAAUACGAGAACAACGUUAUGAACAUUCGUCAAUUCAACUGCACACCCCACCCCUAUUGGUUGCCCAACUUCAUGGACGUUUUUACCUGGUCGCUUCCCUUCGUCGGCGAGAAGAUUACGGACAUGCUUAUCGCCAUCCUCAACACUUGCUCUAAGGAGGAACUCGAAGAUGAGACACCAACAUCGGCCUCUGGUCCUGGGUCGCCACCGCUACCAAUGGACGUCGACAGCAGCGAGUUCAAGCGCCGAGCAAUCAAAAACAAGAUUCUUGCCAUUGGUCGACUGUCUCGUUUCUUCCAGGUGCUCCGUGAAGAGUCGGAGAAGGUCACUGAACUCAAGACCGCUGCUGGAGGUCGUCUUCCCGCGGGUACUCUGAUGCUGGGAGCAGAAGGAAUUAAGCAGGCUAUCAACAACUUUGAUGAUGCUCGGAAGGUUGACCUGCAGAAUGAACGUUUACCCCCGACCAAGGAGGAGGUUUACCGGAGGAGCGAUGAGCAGAGAAUGUCGGCUCUCCAGCGUGCUCAACAGGAGGCUGACAAUGAUGCCGGGCUAGCAACUGUGGCUCGACGUAUCAGCAUGUCUGCUGGAUCAGGUAAGAGUCGCCGGCAACGAGACGAGACCCAGGAAGCCUGA